AUGACCGGCUCUUGGACUAAAAACAUUUACCAAAAACUCAGUCGAAAAAAAACUUACGUGGAAGAAAUCGGACUCGAAAAGGAAAAAUUUAAACGAGUGCUAAACAUCGUGGAUUUGACUGCAUUAGGCACAGGUUCCACGUUAGGAUGUGGUGUUUAUGUGUUGGCCGGAACAGUAGCAAAAUCGGUUGCCGGUCCAGCUGUUGUAUUGUCUUUCAUAUUAGCUGCAACCGUGUCUUCGUUUUCAGGUGUUUGUUAUGCUGAAUUCGCUAGCCGGGUGCCCAAAGCGGGAUCUGCAUAUAUUUACAGUUAUGUGGCGGUAGGAGAAUUUAUUGCGUUCGUCAUUGGUUGGAAUUUGCUGCUGGAACACACAAUUGGUACCGCUGCUGUUGCCAAAGCAAUGAGUAACUAUUUAGAUUCUUUACUCGGAGAUCCUCAGAAAAGAUUUAUGAAAAAAUAUUUUCCAAUACAUAUGGAGUUUUUGGGAGAAUAUCCAGACAUUGCAUCAUUUUUGUUUAUUAUGUCUAUCGCUUUGGUCGUGGCCUGGGGUGUUCGUAAAUCGUCAACUUUGAAUAAUCUUUUUACUACAUUAAAUUUAGUGACUGUGUGUACGGUCAUAGUAAGUGGAUUUUAUUUCGCGAAUUUAUCGAAUUGGUUCAUCGAUAAAAAGGAUAUCCCACCCGGAGUAAACGGUGGCAAUGGUGGAUUCUUGCCGUUUGGCUGGACUGGUAUGGUCGCUGGAGCUGCAAGGUGUUUUUAUGGGUUUAUCGGUUUUGAUUCGAUCGCUUCAACUGGCGAAGAAACAAAAAAUCCCAAAAAGACCAUCCCGCUGGCAAUAGUUUUGACACUGUUCAACGUCACGGUUGCGUAUGCGAGCGUAGCGUCGGUGUUGACGCUGAUGUGGCCGUAUUACGAUCAAGAUGCGAACGCACCCUUACCGAUCAUAUACGACAACUUGGGGUUGCCUGUACUGAAAUACUUGGUCACCGGAGGUGCGGUGUUUGCACUAUUUACCACCUUGAUAGGAUGUCUGUUCCCGAUACCACGGAUCCUAUACGCCAUGUCCAGCGACGGGUUGCUGUUCGGUUUUUUGUCGACGAUCAACGAAAAGACCAAGACGCCGUUUAUAGCCGCCAUCAUUUGUGGCGUCUGUGCAGGGCUUUUGUCGACUGUGUUCAAUCUCGAGCAGCUCGUCGAUAUGGCAUCCAUCGGCACGCUCCAAUCGUAUAUGAUCGUUUGCAUCUGCGUUCUGAUCCUAAGGUAUAGAAAUACUAAUUUGUACAAUGGAAAUUCAGACGAUUCCGAUGUGUAUACAGUUUCCAUGUGGUUGAAUGUUUCGAACUCAAAUAUUACCAACAAGUAUACCCAAUACGUGUCGAGAGUAUUGAUAACUGUUUUCUCCAUCACUGCAUGCAUAUUUUGCAUUUGCGUAGUAAAUUGGGAUUCUCAUAUAGGCACUGUUCGAUUAAUAUUGGGCUUCAUAAUUUGUUUAUCAGCCAUUUUAUUAUUGGUUGUUACGUUAAUGUUAAGCAAACUUCCACAAGCAAUUGAAACUUUACCGUUUAAGGUGCCUUUUGUUCCUUUUGUACCAUGUUUGAGUAUAGUUCUCAACUUAUAUCUGAUGAUGGAACUAAAUUUCAAGACGUGGAUUAGAUUCAGUAUAUGGCUAGUAAUAGGUUUGUUGAUAUACGUGUUCUACGGUCUGAAACACAGUAUUGAAGGUGUUAAAGACCAAACGACUAAAAUCGAAGAUGGCAGAGAUGAACAAAAAAUCUCCAACUAAUUUGUUCCCAUGAUAGAUGUAUAAUCAUGCAUUUAAGUUUAUUGAUUUUUAUUGGUAUUUAUAUAAUUAUGACUAUAUAAUAAUAAUGUUUAAGGCAGGCGCAAUUUAUCGUGGUAAAACGAGUAACUAAAUUUUUUUUAUUGUUGUAUGAAUUUUUUUUUUUAUUUUUUUAUUGAUUUUUUUUCUUUUUACACGUAAAGUAUAUAUUAAGUAACAAAAGCCAAGAAAACCUGUUACUCUUAUUUAAUUUAUAGUUUAUAUUAUUUUGUAUCAAUAUUAUUAUUUAACAUGAUGUUUAUUGGUCUUAACUCUUGGAAAUUCUAAAGUUUCUGUAAAAACGGUUACGUAAUAAGCCCAAGAGAUAUUUUAAGAGCAAAUUGUACUAAAUUAAGACAGCUUUCUCACGAUAUAGAAUUUUAUUAACGAAUGGUUUCUCCAAUCUGGCCGUUUACUGUUUUAGUUAUCAAAUAAUUUAUGACUAUUAUAAAAAUCUCCCUUAUAGAUUAUAAUACUAGCAAAAUUAACUAUGAACAAUUUUUUUUUUUUAAUUUUACAGUAAAUCGUUUAUUAGUGUAAUUGUAUGAAUACUGUAAGUACCUUGUUAAAACUACAUCUUUAUAAUUAACUAAAAAACAUCGGUUGCCUAAAGUACAUGAUUAACAUUAUUUUUUAUAAUAUCAUUAUUUUCGCUACCAAUAUAUUUUUAAUAUUUAAAUAUACUUAAAUAAGUACUAGUUUAUGAGUAAGAAAUAUGUGGCUAUGCCAAAAAUUAUUUCGAUGGUAAAACUAUUUUACAUUACAAAAAUUAUCAACUUGUCAUCUUCAUUGAAAAAAAUAGUACAAUGUAUGUAUAAUUAUCCUGAAAACAUAGAUUAAUCUGGAUUAAUCUAAAACACGAUUUAGUGAUAAACGAUAGAUAACUACUAGAAUUUACUAUUUUCAUACGAA